AUAACCUUCAAAUCGCGAAUUAUUUGACAUUUGCCCCUUUAAAUUUUGAAUUCAAUAAUUUUAUUGAAUAUUAUUAUGCCUAUUUUAAAAUCAAAAUACCGAUUAGACUCGAAAAUUGAGUGAUGGUGAUUUGAUAAGAGUGCCUUUCUCCCACUAUCACACAAAAUGAAAAUACCAAUUAAAUCUACUAUCUACAUCUACACACGGACGAGAGCAUUUCACUUAUCCAACACUCUAACGGGUUUCUUAUUCUUAGGAAGGUGAAAGUUGUUUCAUUUCAUAACAAGAAGUGACACAAAUGAAGAAAUUGUACGUACUGCUAAGAAGAACGAAGAAAAACGCAAGAUGAUUUUUUUAAUUGGGUGCUCAAUUGUAAUUGUUGUAACAAUUAUAGCAAUAGUUAAGUCCAAAAAACCGUUAAAAACCUUGUUAAUUGAAGCUAGAUACGAGUUACUUUAUAACUAUGUCGGUUCCAGAGCUAUGCUUCAAGAUUUCUUUAUGAGAGGCAAAAACAAAACAGAAUUACUUUUAAAGUCAGGGAACACUGCACUCAUUACAGGAGGGACCAGAGGCAUAGGAGUUGAAGUCAUUAAAAUGCUUAUGAAAUGUGAUGUAAAAGUUAUAAUUGGUUGUAGAAAUAUUCAACAGGCAGAAUUAUUAGUAGCAAAUUUUAGAAAAGAGGGAAUCAAAACUGGAUCUGUAGAUAUUUUAAAUUUAGAUAUCAGUGUUAUGGAAUCAGUAAAACAGUUUGCUGGAAUUGUAAAAGAAAAAUACUCUGAAAUAAAUUAUUUAAUUAACAACGCUGGUAUUAUGUUUGGUCCUUACAUUGAAACUCGUGAUGGAUAUGAAUCACAAUUUGCUACAAAUUAUUUGGGGCACUUUCUCCUAACACAUCUACUGCUACCCCUGUUGGAAGCUGGAGGUAAAAAAGAAGAGAAAUCCAGAAUUGUAAAUGUUUCAUCAUGUGCUCACAUCGUAGGGGAUAUAAAUUUUGAAGAUAUCAAUAAUAGGCAUAAUUACAUACCUGGUGCAGCCUAUGCUCAGUCAAAAAUGGCUCAAGUACUUUUUACUAAAUACUUAGAUUCUCUAUUUAAAAAUGAAGGAUUGCCCAUACAGACUCAUUGUGUUCACCCUGGAAUAGUCAAUACUGAUCUUUUUAAUGAUACAAAUUUGAAAAAAUUCGUUCCUGUGAUACCUGCAUUAUUAUUUAAGAGCCCAGAACAAGGGGCAAUACCUAUCAUAUAUGCUUGCCUCUCUCCAAAACUAGAAGGCAAAGGGGGUACAUACAUCCACAACUGUAAAAUUUUCAAAGCUAGUUCAUCCACAAAUUCAGAAGAACUACAAAAAAAAUUGUUUGAUUUUACUAAUAAAUUACUCAGUAUCCCGGACUUCAUCGGAAAGCACGAGAAGAAUCAAAUAAUUGCCAAGGAGUAAUUAUAUAUUGGAGGAGAAAAGCAUGAGCUCUUUUGUAUAGACUCCUGUUUCUAUAAAUUUUAUCUUUCUAUAUUUAUCUAUUUAUCCAGUGUCUCGAUAUUUUUAUAUUUUUUAAGUUCAAUCCCAGUUGUUUAUUCUAGAGAUAGUCUAACUUAAAAUGGUUCGAAAUGCGACUGAAUAAAUUUCACCUGAAAAUAAUAUAGACUAAAUUUACAAUUGUUAUUGUUAUUAUUGUAUAAUAAUUAACUGUUGAUUUAUAUAUUUUAUUUAUUUAUUUGUUAUUUUUGGUAUAUAGUAGUUAUCGUUGACCUAAAUUGAAUAAAUCUAUUUUUUUUUUAA